AUGGAGGAAAAUCAACAAAGGCAUUUUGUUCUCGUACAUGGUGCAGGCCUUGGAGCUUGGAGCUGGUACAAGCUACAACCGCUGCUGGAGGCAGCCGGUCACCGCGUCACGGCAUUUGAUCUCUCAGCCUCCGGCAUCAACCCGAAACGCCUAGAUGAGCUUCGCACAUUUCCAGACUAUACACUGCCGUUGUUUAAGGUAAUGGAGUCGAUUCCACCAGAUGAAAAGGUAAUUCUAGUUGGACACAGUCUUGGUGGCAUAAACUUGGCUUUUGCAAUGGAGAAAUACCCUGAAAAGAUUUUAGUGGCUAUUUUUAUUGCGGCUUUCAUGCCCGACACUGUACAUAGGCGAUCCUAUGUUCCGGAAGAGUUCUUAGCACGGACCCCGAUGGAAAAUUUUUUGGACACUCAAUUCGCAUCAUUUGGUAGACCCGAAGAUAAUCUCACGUCAAUACUCCUUGGUCCGCAUUGGUACAAGCUACAACCGCUGCGGGAGGCGGCUGGUCACCGCGUCACAACAUUUGAUCUCUUACCCUCCGGCAUCAACCCGAGAAGCCUAGAUGAGCUUCGCACAUUUCCAGACUAUACACUGCCGUUGUUUAAGGUAAUGGAGUUGAUUCCAUCGGACGAAAAGGUAGUUCGAGUUGGACAUAGUCUUGGUGGCAUAAACUUGGCUUUUGCAAUGGAGAAAUACCCUGAACAGAUUUCUAUGGCUGUUUUUAUUAUGGCUUUAAUGCCUAACACUGUACAUAGGCCAUCCUAUGUUCUGGAAGAGGUGGUGACGGUUGUUGCAGUGAAGAUCAGAAGAUGGUUGUUUGAAACUGGAUGGAUUCAAGUAUGUGUUAUGAGCAAUUCAAUGUGUUGGGGAGUGCCCCUGUCUGCACAUGUGGUUGUGGUUAUGGGAACACAAUACUACGAUGGCAGGGAAAAUGCUCACAUUGAGUACUCAGUCACUGAUUUAUUGCAAAUGAUGGGUCAUGCCAGUCGACCUCUUGUUGAUAACUGUGGAAAGUGUGUCAUCCUUUGCCAUGCACCUGAAGUUCCUGUUUCAAAUCUUGUGAGCAUUUUGGAGACUCAAGGUGAAAGCAAAGAGGUUGAUUAUGGAGUUGCCAAGGAAUGGGGUUGA